AUGGAACCUUUCGAUGAUGAUGAGGAUGAAGAUGAAGGAGGAUCGUGUGAGAGUGAAUUAGAUGAGCAUGUAGAGGUUGAGAGGAGAUUAGAUCAGGAUUUAAGCCGAUUUGAGAUGAUUUAUCCGAAUCAUAAUGUUUUGGAAAACCGAGUUGAUGAUCAGGAUACUCAUAUUGCUCAACUAGAGGAAGAUAACUUGACUAUGAAGGAAAAGUUGUCUAUGAUGGAAAUGGACUUUGGUGAGUUUAAAAGAAGGUUACAAUAUCUCGAGAGCCGAGAUAUGGUUGUUGGUGAAGAUGGUAGUGGGGAGGUUGUAGAGAAUGAGUCUGAAAUUUAUUGUGAAAGAAAGUUGAUCAUGCAUUAG